AUGGAUUUCUCAGCCAUUUCAUCUGUUAUCCAGACUGUUGGGAGGUUGCUAACUCAGGAAGCCACAUCGUUGAUGGGCGGGAAGGACCAAGUUGAGGAUUUGCAAAAGGAGCUUGAAUGGAUGCAAAGUUUCCUGAAGGAGGCAGACGCGAGGAAAGUCGAUAAUGAGGUGGACCGCACCAGUAUUAAUGAAAUCAGAGAAUUGGCGUAUGAUGUCGAAGAUGUGAUCGAGACUUUUGCUCUCAAAGUUGCACCUAGAAGGAAAGGAGGUUUCUCUAAUGUCAUCAAAAGAUUUGCUUGCAUCCUUAACGAGGGAGGGUUGCUCCGCCAAACCAAGUGUGAGAUUCAGAAAAUCACAGCUAGAAUCACCCAAUUGACUCGGCGAUUACAAACCUAUGAUGUAAAACAGCCAAGGGAUGGACCAGAAGUUGAUGAUGAAAGCGAUUGCAAGGUUGUUUCCAUAUGGGGAAUGGGUGGUAUUGGCAAGACCACUCUUGCCAAGAAAAUAUUCCGCCAUAGUCAAGUUAUCGGUCAUUUCAAUCACUUGGCUUGGGUAUAUGUUUCUCAACAAUUCCAAAAAGUAAGAGUUUGGAAAGACAUUUCAUCUAGUCUGCAAAUUAAAAACAAUGCUGACAGAGAUGAAGAAUUAGCAGAGAUAUUACAUAACUUCUUGAAGGAUAACAAAUGUUUGGUGAUAAUAGAUGAUAUUUGGAGCAUAGAGGCUUGGGAUAGUCUUAAGUCUGCUUUUCCAGUUGCAAUGAACACUAACAGUAAGUUCUUGCUCACCUUUCGAAACAAAGAAGUAGUUUCACAUGUAGAUAGGAGAGGGUAUUCAUAUGAAUUGCAGUGCUUAGACGAUGAUGAAAGUUGGAAACUCUUUCAAAAGAUAGCAUUUUUACAAGUACAUUCUACGGGUACUUAUUAUCUUAUUUCUAAUAUAUUCAUUCUAGAUUUAUUUUUCACGUUCUUUUAUUUAUAUUUUUAUAUUAAAAAAAACAUAGUUGAUCCAAAAUUGGAAGAAUUGGGGAAAGACAUGGUUAAUAGCUGUCGAAGGUUGCCAUUAGCCAUCAGUGUUUUGGGAGGAAUUUUGGCUACAAAGAGUUCAAUACAUGAAUGGCAAAUUAUGCAUAAAAAUGCUAAAUCAUACUUGAAGAAAGGCAAAGGUGCCCAAGAUAUUGAGCAUGUGUUAGCCUUGAGUUAUGAUGAUUCGCCGCCUUAUUUAAGAUCAUGUUUCCUUUAUUUGAGCCAAUUUCUAGAAGACUACCAGAUACGUGCAGAAAGAUUGAUUCAACUAUGGGUUGCAGAAGGCAUUGUGUCAUCAAUAGAGGAGGAAGGAAAUGGAGAAAUUAUGGAGGAUGUUGCAGAAGGCUUCUUAGAUGAGCUUGUGGAAAGGUGUAUGGUUCAAGUUGGAGAAAGAGACCCAACCUUGAAGGUCAAAACUUGCCACAUGCACGAUCUAAUGAGAGAUCUUUGCCUGUCAAUAGCAAAGCAAGAAAAUUUUUCACGCAUUAAAAGUAGUAUCCCUCUUAGAUCCAUCUUGUUCUUUUGGCACCCGUUUGAUUUGGAUUUGGAACUCUGUCUAAGUGAUGAGGAUGAUUUUUGGUGGUUUUUCUGGUUUGUUUGUUUAAUUUUGAAAUGGCAGAGAUCUUGGAACUACAUGUUCGGAAAUUUUAAGAAGCUUAAAGUUCUAAGCUUUGAAGAAGGAGGGAAAGGAUAUUCGGGAUUUAAGUUAUCUAGUGCUAUAGGUAAUCUUAUCCAUCUUAGAUGCUUGAAUUUAUGUUGUAUUGCAUUCAAUUGCCCAAAUAUCCCUUCGUCUCUGGGCAACUUAAGGUGUUUGCAAACCUUGGAUUUAAGAAUUUUUAGACAUGGUGGUGAUGGUGCUCUGAAUGUACCUAACAUAAUAUGGGAAUUGGAACAGUUAAGACAUCUUUGUCUCCCGCUAACGAUGACUGAUAAGACCAAAUUGAAGUUGCACACGUUGACAAACAUUUUAACACUAAUCAACUUCAACACAAGGAACUGCUUCGUUGUAGAUCUUUCCAAGUUCACAAAACUUAGAAAGUUGGGGAUUCUUGGACCAUUCAAUAUUGAUGAUAUUAAGGAGGAGCUGGAUAAGAAUCUGCCAAUUAUUGCAAGUGACUGCCUUCGGUCCUUGUCUAUUUGGAAUGAUGAAGGAAUAGACCCAAAAGUAUUAGCUCACCUCCUUUCAAGUUGUGUUAAUUUGUGUGAGUUGAUUUUACGAGUGAAAAUAGAGAAGUUACCAGAUUUUCACCAUUUUUCUUCGAGUACCGCAUAUGUACACUUGAUAGGGUGCAAGCUUGUGGAAGAUCCUAUGCCAACACUAGAGAACCUGCACAAUUUAAGGGUUCUGGAAUUAUAUGUGUAUGCUUUCAUUGGAAAGGAAAUGGUUUGCUCUGUACUCCAUUUUCCUAAACUUGAGUCUCUAAACCUUAGUGGACUUUGGAAUUUGGAGGAGUGGAAGGUAGAAGAAAGAGCCGUGCCUACUCUACACCAUUUGAAGAUUAGUGGUUGUGGAAAACUGAAGAUGCUUCUAGAUGGAUUGAGAUUCAUUACAACCUUCCAAGAAUUGAAGAUUGAGUAUAUGCCAAAGGAAUUUAAAGAUAAAAUGGUACAAGGAAGAGAAGAUUUCUACAAAGUCCAACACCUUCCUUCCAUCAUAUUUUAUCAUAUCUACGGAGUGUGAAAUUUAUAUCACUUCUUCUUGAUUAAAAACCUAUGAAG